ACUAGUGCAAAGCUAGCCCAUACCCUGAACGCACGACUCUCGAUUUGCUAACCAGUCUACUCAGCUACACAUCUCAUCUCAGUGCAUGCUUGCCUCUGUUGCUUUACUCACCAACCAUGCAUUACGCUGAAAUGUGCUAAUGUGCUUAUUUAGCCUGCAGCCAGACGCGCAGAGAAACGCAGAGUCCAUUUUGCUGAACCGCAACAAGGAAGCAAGCAGAGUGAAGUCACAUUGUCAGCGUACCAUUUCCCUCUUUCUAGAGAGAAUUAAGCAGUGAAGAGCACAUACGGCAAUGGCGGAUUGGGGCCCCGUGGUGGUGGCGGUGAUCCUGUUCGUGCUGCUGUCGCCGGGGCUGAUGUUCCAGGUCCCGGGGAAGACGAGGUUUGUCGAGUUCGGCAGCAUGGGAACCAGCGGCGUCGCCAUACUCGUCCACGCCGUCCUCUUCUGCGGCCUGUUCGCCGUCCUUGUUGUCGCCGUCGGCAUCCACGUGCACGCGGGAUAGUGCGAUAUCCAAAACGACCUCACGCUUGUCCACGUGCUGCAUACGUGAUGAGUGCGGUGGUGUUCGUCCGCUGGGAUAUAUCCGCUUGCAAGCGCUCCUGUACUUCCAUGUUUGUUUAAUAUCUCCAUGUAUGUGUGAUUCCAUUUGUAUAUUAUUAUUUAAUCCAGUUAAUUUUCACAACUUAUUUUUAAAAAAUAUAGCAAGACCUGUGUAUCAUAUACUCUGUAUUGAAGAAGAAAAUCGCCAAGCGGCCGGUUACAA